CUCCACCGAUCCUUGUUUGGUAUCCUGCGUGAGUCUUUCAUUCCCCACCGAACUACCGAGAGUUCCACCCUAGAAUGGCAGACACCAGCCUCCCAUUGCCCAGUGCUCAUGUAGAACAUCACUUUGUAUGGCUGGACUACAGUGUGUUCGGAGGUAUGUUACUGGUGUCCACUGGCAUCGGUCUGUACCAUGGGUGUCGUCUGCUCAGGCCAGGGGACGGAGAAGCCCGAGACUCCCCAGGAGAGUUCCUGAUAGCCAACGGGAAGCUGGGCACGGUUCCUGUAGCCCUGUCCAUGUUGGCUAGCUUUUUAUCUUCUAUUACCCUGAUGGGACAACCCGCCGAGGUCUACCUUUACGGAUCACAAAUGUGGAUCUUUGGCCUCGCUACGUUCUUCCUUGUGCCUUUUGUCGGAUACGUAAUGAUUCCGUUUUUCCGAAAAUCCAAACACACAUCUGCUUAUCAGUAUUUUGGGCAUCGGUUCAACAGAUGGUUACAGCUCCUAGCUAGUUUCCUCUUCAGCAUUCAAAUGGUAUUGUACCUGGCUUUGGUGCUUUAUGCUCCAGCUCUUGCCAUGCAUCAAGUGACUGGUUUCAACACCAUCCUUGUGGUGUCAAUAAUGUACAUCGUCUGUAUCUUCUACACAACAAUCGGAGGCAUGAAAGCAGUGGUAUGGACAGAUACUUUCCAAGUGAUAGUCCUCUACUGUGCAAUGUUUGUUGUUCUCGUCAAAGGCACCAAUGACAUUGGUGGUUUCAACGUUGUCUGGGAGCGCAACGCAGCUUUUAAUAGAACCAACAUCUUUAACUGGACCUGGGAUCCGACAGUUCGCUACUCUGUACUUUCCUCCUUCAUCGGAUCUUCGUUUCUCCAUAUGGCCAUCUAUGGAGGAAACCAGCUGCAGAUUCAACGCUACCUCACUGUCGGCUCUGACCAACAAGCUAGGAAUAUGCUGUGGAUCAACAUGGUGGGGUGGACAAUGGUAGUCAUGCUUACAGCCUACGCUGGAAUGCUGAUCUUUGCCCACUUCUGCUACUGCGACCCACUACUCACAGGUACUGUGACGACACCAGAUCAGCUGUUUCCCCUUUACGUAAUGGAGACUCUGCACAACUAUCCAGGGGUUCCUGGACUCUUCAUGGCUGGCAUCUUCAGUGCUGGACUCAGCACUGUAUCGACAGGUGUCAACUCGCUCGCAGCUAUCUGGUUUGCCGAACUGGAUGGAACUAACUUCAAAGAGAAGUUAACAGAAAAGCGAGCAGGAUUAACAGUCAAACUACUCGCUCUGUUCUUCGGUAUUCUCUCCUACCUUCUCGUCUUCUUGGUACCCUUCAUGGGUGGCCUUGUUCCGGUGACAAUCUCACUGUCAAGUAUUUUUGCUGGGUCACUAUUUGGAGUUUUCAUUCUAGGAAUGUUUUUUAAGCGAGCAAAUACUGUGGGUGCUGCAGCAGGGCUGAUAUCCAGUGUGGUCACAGUGUCCUGGAUCUGUAUUGGAUCAAUCUUGGCUGUGAAAUCAGGACAAAUCGUAGAUGAAGCUCUGCCCUCCUCCACUGAUCAUUGCCCUGGAAACUUCACGACAAUCUCCAUGUCCAAUCAACAAGGUGAGGAAAAGGAAUACGCUUGGGUGGUGUACAGAGUGUCCUACCUCUGGUACUGUCUGAUGGCACAGAUCAUCACUAUAGGAGUGGGGCUGGUGGUGAGUGUCGUGACAGAGCCGCUGUUGCCCCCGCCUAGCAACCCCUCGCCACCCCCGGGAUACACUGCCGCCCGCUGCCAGCCCGAGGAACAACCACUGCACGACACCAAACCUCCCGUCAUCACCACCUUUGGCAACAAACUGAACCACAGAAUAUCACACAACCUGUAGAUUAGCUUUUGUACAA